GGGCGCGUGCCGCCAGCACUCCGCUAGAGGUCCUCCGGCCGGCGGCUCCUGCUGCUGCUGCUGCUCGCUCGCUGCCUGCGCCAGGUGACGGCUGGCGGCCGGCGGCUCGCGGCUGCGGCGCCCGGCGCGGGUUGGCUGGCUCGGGCGUGCGUCGCUGAGGCGGACGGAGCCAACGGGCGGUUAGCGCUCCGUUCGACGCGGGGAGGGGCGGCACCCCGGGCGCUGCACGGCCUCGGCCGACGCGGGCGGCGGUGGCGGCGGCGACGGCGGCCGGGUUCUCGGGCUCUGUGCCCCAGGCCGGAGCCAGUGGGUGCCCCGGCGGAGAGACGGGCAGCCGGACUCCCUGGCCCCGGCCUCCCUGGCCCCGGGCCUCCCGCGGCUGGGGCGGCUGGGGCAAGGGGACCAUGUCUGCUCGCGCUCCGGUGCCUGCGGCUCACUCUCGGGAAGAGUCGCCCGCGGCGGCUGCUGAGAAGGAGUCGCUGUCGCCCGGGGUGAGCCGGCAGACCGAGCAGCUGCCCCCGCCCGAACAGGAGGGCAAGCCGGCGGCGAAGGAGGAGAGGGCCGCCGCCGCCACCGCCACCGCCACCGCCACCAGCGCGGGGGCGCGGGGAGAGCCGUCGCCGGCGCCGGUGCUGGGUCACAGCGUGCCCCAGGCGGCCGUGCCCGUGAGGCCUCUGGCGCUGCACCUGGCGCACAGGGCGCGCGUGCCAGGGGGCCCCUUCGGCGGAGAGCCGCCGCCGCCGCCGCCGCGGGACCCGCCGGCCGAGGACGCCCGGGAGGAGGAGGCGACGGCCGGCUCCGAAGAAAAGCCGCCGCCGCCGCCGCCGCCGCCGCCGCCGCCGCUGCCUAAGGAGAACCCUUGGACCAAAAAGCCGCCUCAGCACCUGUCCCCUGCCGGGUCGGAGCCGCCGCCGCCCCCACUGGAAUCCCUGGAAGCAGAGCUCAGUUCCCCAAAAAUUAUAAAAGCAGGAAAACUCAAGACAAAGAAAUCCAACAAGGCUAGUGAUUUCAGCGAUAUGGCGAAUUGGCCAACACCAAGUGAAUUAGUGAACACUGGAUGUCAGAGUGUCAUCAACCAAGGAAAUAAGAAACUACAAAAUAAAAAAGAAAAAGAAGAUAAAGUUGAAAAGAGAAAUAGCAGUGAGAGCAAAGAAACCCGGGAAACAAAACUAGAUGGUCCUGGUGAAAAUAUCAGUGAGGAUGAAUCUCAGUCAAAUAAUCAGCGAAGGAAAGCUAAUAAGCACAAGUGGGUACCACUCCACUUAGAUGAUGUAAGACCAGAUAGUCAAGAAAGACCAGGAUCCCGGAACAGCUCAAGGUGUCAACCUGAAACAAACAAAUCAUCACAAAACAAUAGGAGAAAUGAUACACGAAGUUGGAGACGUGAAAGAGAAAAGAGAGAUGAUCAAGAUGAAGUUUCCAGUGUGAGAAGUGAAGGUGGUAAUAUCCGAGGUUCCUCAAGAGGCCGAGGAAGAGGCCGAGGACGGGGAAGAGGACGAGGCAGAGGAAAUUCUCGAUUGAACUUUGAUUAUUCAUAUGCUUAUCGAGAACAUGGUGAAAGGACUGAUCAACCAUUUCAAACAGAACUUAAUACCAGUAUGAUGUAUUACUAUGAUGAUGGUACAGGUGUACAGGUAUAUCCUGUGGAAGAAGCAUUGCUCAAAGAGUAUAUUAAGCGCCAAAUUGAAUAUUACUUCAGUAUAGAAAAUUUGGAACGGGACUUCUUUCUUAGGAGAAAAAUGGAUGAGCAAGGUUUCUUGCCUAUUUCCCUGAUUGCUGGUUUCCACCGUGUUCAGGCUCUCACUACAAACCUUAAUCUCAUUUUAGAGGCACUGAAAGACAGCACAGAAGUGGAAAUUGUGGAUGAGAAAAUGAGAAAAAAGAUAGAACCAGAAAAAUGGCCAAUUCCGGGCCCUCCUCCACGUAGGGUGCCACAAACAGACUUCUCUCAACUGAUUGACUGCCCAGAGUUUGUCCCAGGCCAAGCCUUUUAUUCACAUGCAGAGUCUGCCCCCAAUUCUCCAAGAAUUGGAAGUCCACUGAUCCCAAAGAAAAGUACUGAAACAAGUAAUCUCCAAGCAAUGACUAGAGUUUUGUCUACCAGUUUGCCUGACUUGGACUCAGAACCUUGGAUAGAAGGAAAAAAGAGACAUCGUUCAUCCCCAGUGAAAUUGAAUGAAUCAGCAUCUCUACCUGAAGAGGCAUCAAAUCAACUAUAUCCUCCAGAUGAACAAGAACAAGAAGAACUUGAUUUUUUAUUUGAUGAAGAGAUGGAACAAGUAGAAGAACGAAAAAACACAUUUAUUGAUUGGUCUGAUAAUGAUUCAGAUUAUGAGAUAGAUGACCAGGAUUUAAACAAGAUUUUGAUUGUAACUCAGACACCACCUUACAUGAGAAAACAUCCUGGAGGAGAUCGAACAAGCAACCACAUGUCUCAGGCAAAAAUUACAUCUGAACUUGCUAAAGUUAUCAACGAUGGCUUAUAUUAUUAUGAACAGGAUCUGUGGAUGGAAGAAAAUGAAAACACACACACAGCCAUAAAGCAAGAAGUUGAGAACUUUAAGAAGCUAAAUCUCAUUAGUAAAGAGCAGUUUGAAAACCUAACACCUGAACUUCCUUUUGAGCCAAACCAAGAAGUUCCUGUAGCACCUUCGAAGUCCAGGCAAGAAAUAUCUUCAACAACAACAGUCUGUUCACUGCCAACAGCAGUUCCAGAAUCUUCUAGAAUUUAUCCUGCAAGGACACCCAAAACACCCCGAACACCCAGGUUACAAGAUCCAAACAAAACACCAAGAUUUUAUCCUGUGGUUAAAGAAUCAAAAGCCCUUGAUAUAAAGAGUCCAAGAAAGAGAAAAACAAGACAUAGUACAAAUCCCCCUCUGGAGUGUCAUGUUGGUUGGGUAAUGGAUUCCAGAGAUCACGGGCCAAGAACACCCUCUGUCAGUUUGAAGGCUUUCCCCCCCUCCUCAAACAGCAGUUCAAAUGCUUCACCUUCAGAAGGUGCCCAACUCAUAGGAAGUUAUGGAUGUACUCCUCACUCGUUCCCGAAGUUUCAGCAUCCUUCUCAUGAACUUUUGAAGGAAAAUGGCUUUACCCAACAAGUGUACCACAAGUAUCAUCGAAGAUGCCUAAGUGACAGAAAGCGCUUGGGAGUUGGCCAGUCUCAAGAAAUGAAUACUCUCUUUCGUUUCUGGUCUUUUUUCCUCAGAGACCACUUCAAUAAAAAAAUGUACGAGGAAUUUAAACAACUUGCUUGGGAAGAUGCAAAAGAAAAUUACAGGUAUGGAUUAGAAUGUCUUUUCAGGUUUUACAGUUAUGGACUGGAAAAAAAAUUCAGACAAGAAAUUUUUAAGGAUUUCCAAGAAGAAACCAAAAAAGACUACGAAUCUGGUCAAUUGUAUGGAUUAGAAAAGUUUUGGGCUUAUCUAAAAUAUUCUCAAUCUAAGACACAGUCUGUUGACCCAAAACUUCAGGAAUACCUCUGUAGCUUUAAGAGGUUAGAAGACUUCCGUGUUGAUCCCCCUAUUAGUGAGGAAUUUGGAAGAAAAAGACAUUCAUCUACUGGUUCAGAGAGUGAUCAUCAUAGACUUCCAUCUCAUUCCUCCACAAAGUCACCAAAUGCUGCUAAGCCUGCAUCUGCCAGUCAACUUCAGAUUCCAAUAAAUUCUCCCAGAAGGAAUAUGUCACAGGAGUCCAGUGACAAUUCACACCAGAACAGUGCUGCCUCAGUCUCCACAAAUGGCUUUAUUUUGAAACAUACCUCAAAUCAUUCUACAGUUAAGAUUUCCACAACCCAGGGCUCAUGGAACAUCACAGAAAAUACCCCAAGAUACAAAAAGAUACUGAUUGCUGAAGGAAAAUUUGCAAUGAAAAUUAUAAACUACAUGAAGAAACACCAUGGAGGAGUAGAUAAUGGAUGUGAAUGGACUUUAAGCCCUAACAACAGACCCAGUUGGCUUCAAAGCAAGAAGCUGGAAGAGAGCGGGGUGGUGUCAAUUAACACAUCCACGAAGGAGUAGGUCAGGUUGGGCCUGGUCUAUAUGUUACAACUUUUGCUUCUACUGCAGUUUUGUAAACAUAAGUGAACAUGUUGAAGAUAAAGCUCAAAAAACAACAACAACACAAAAACCACUUAAAAGACACAUGUGUUCCUUUCUCCCACCUCCCAAAUAUUAGCCAUCUCAUUGGGUACUUCUUAUGUAUGACUUAUUUUUUUUUUCAGUGUGAUUUAAAAGUUAAAUUGAAGAAAAUACAGUGUUGUUAUAUAUCAAAAUACUCUACAUGGAAUAAGGGAGAAGCAAUAUACCUACAUUUCAGAAAUGUGGGAUAAACAAUCAGAAAGGUAAACUGUAAAAUCUCUUGCCAUACUAA